CCAGCCUCGCGUCCUUUAUGAAUGGAAUAGCAUUAGCUUUGGAGCAAUGGUAACUGUGAUUUCUCUGUUUGAGGUUUGUGCCAGGUUUGGAAAACAGUUGUAGCUGUUGUUAGACGGCAACGAGGGUUUAUGCCAGAGCUGGAGAACUGUUGUCGGAGCUGGUGCUAGACCCGCCCUGAGUGAGCUGUAAACAGUCCGCCAUUGUUUCGACGCCGGAGAAUGGCUCCCAAGCGAUUGAGGUGCUCUGUUGUUGGCUGUAAGAAUGAACAUGGCUGUCGUCACUUAGUCCCAACAUCUGAGCCGCUGAAGACGCAGUGGAUUUCAUUUGUUUUUGAAGGGGAUGCGCCCCCUGAUCUACCUAAAUGCGUCUAUGUCUGCUCGAAUCAUUUUACACAAGACUGCUUUGUAAAUGAGGGUCAGUACAAAGCAGGUUUUGCUACAAAAUUGAUCCUGAGGGAUGGCUCGGUACCAACUGUUCGUGAUCCAGCUUCACCUUCAGCAGAAUCAAGCUCGUCUGAAGAAUGGGCCAAGGUGCAUCAUGUGGCCUGCCAGACGGACAUGACACAACUCUGCACCGUUGGCACCCAGUUGUCAAUAAAAACUCUACGCCCUCACUACAAAAGCACAGGCACACAGACAGCUAUGUCAUGCCCUGAUAUUGGUGUUGGCUUCUCACAACCACUGCUGUCAUCAACAUCAAAAAAGAGGCCGAAUAAGAGAUCUCGUUUGAAGCUGGUGGAGGAAGAGGAGGACCCGUUUGGAGGCAGCUCAAGUCUGAUCACCAAAGAGCCGAUAGAUUCUACAUAUGAUCCUGUAGACUCUGUCACAGCUUUGACUAAGCCAACAGAUGUGACGAUGCAAUCUUCCAAGCCGGCUCAUAAGAAUGCAACAUACAUUGUUUAUGAAAGCUGCCUACUGGAGCUCUUUGAGCAGUGCCCUGAGUGUUACCGUGUUUCCGAUGUGCGGACGAGAAGGGUUGGCACGUUCCUCUCUGUAGAACAACGGUGCCCAGACUGUGAUUUCUCUAGAAAAUGGAAUAGUCAGCCAAUUCUUGGAAGCACUGCUGCAGGAAACCUUCAGCUUUCUGUUGCACUGUAUGCCUCUGGUGCCUCUUUCUUCAAACUUAAAAAGAUCUUCCGGGCAAUGCAGCUGAAAAUGAUAAACUAUGAGACCUUUCGAAAACAUGCCCGAAGUUACAUAGAGCCUGCAAUUGUUCAUAGCUGGAAGACCGCACAGGAUGGCAUGUUACAGCAGCUCUGUCAACAGCAGAACAUUGUCCUAGGAGGUGACUUGAGGGUUAACUUACCAGGUCAUUCUGCCAAGUUUGGCAGUUACUCUGUGAUGGACCUAAGGACAAGCACUAUUAUUGAUCUGCAGCUACUUCAGAGUAAUGAAGAUGGAGGGAGCAACUAUAUGGAGAAAGAGGGUCUGAAGAGGAGCCUUGAUGUCUUGAGGGCACACGGUGUGAUUUUCGACAGUAUUGUCACAGACCGACACCCUCAAGUACAGAAAUUCCUGCGGGAGACUAACAUCACACAGUACUACGAUGUGUGGCACAUAGAAAAAGGACUGUCCAAGAAACUGCUGAAGAUUUCACAGAGCAAAGAAUGUGAGAAACUGCGGAAGUGGCUUCGCAGUAUAAAAAACCAUAUAUAUUGGACAGCAGCUUCUUCUUCCUCGGGGCAAGAGCGAGUAGCAAAGUGGACUUCAAUACUUAAUCAUGUCCAAGACAUACACACACAUGAAGAUCCUGUUUUCCCACGGUGUUUGCAUCCGCAACACACUUCAAGGGACAAGAGCAAAUGGUUGAGAGCUGGGACACCUGUAUUCUGUAGAUUAGAGAAGGUGCUCACAAACAAGAGGAUUCUGAAGGAUGUUGAGAAGCUGAGCCCUCACCAUCAGACCUCGUCACUGGAGGCGUUUCACAGCGUAAUUCGGCGUUUUGCGCCCAAGAACAUUGUCUUUGCUUUUCUUGGAAUGUUAUGCAGACUCUACCUGGCAGCCCUACAUUUUAAUGAGAAUGCUGGGCGUCCCCAAGCCACGACAGCAGCUGGUGAGCCACUAUAUAAGAUCAAUCUUCCAAAGAGCAAGAAAGGACAAUGCACUGCAAAGCCAGUGAAAGCAGAUUCAACUUUUCACUACGUGGACAACCUGAUGGACCUCAUCUUUGAGAAAGUUGUUAUGGACCCAGCCCCAUAUGUGGAUGAGGUCCUGAAGAUCUCCACACCUGAGGAUCUCACAUCCCAGUUUGAGAAACCAGACAAACUGGAAGUGAUAGCCAGCUACGUGUCUAGGUUCAAUCAAGGGCAGGUCUGAAGCCUACAUACCUUCCCUGAGCAUCAGGGAACUCUGCCCUUAUUCCUUGCACCACCCAAACAAGUUUAUUUUUUUUAAAAGAAUGUAAUUUAGUAUAAUUAUUACAUUUAUUUUUGUAUUCAGUUUUGCUGUGCCUGCUGUUCUAUAGAAAAACUGCUUAAAAACCUCUGUGGUAUUCAGUACAACAAUCAUUCAGACAA